CCAUCCGAAAGCUUCCCCCCAAAACUGUUUCCAAUCUCAACCCGUCUCCUCCCCAAUCCCCAUAUCCCUCUCCCUCCCGUGCGCCGCCGCCGCGGCAGACAAAGCCCUACCUGAAACCCCGAAGACAGCCUCUGCCGCCGGUGAGCAACGGACGAGCGGCGAGAAUGUUCUACUCGCACACGAUCCUCGCGCGGAAGAGCCCGCUGGGCACGGUGUGGAUCGCCGCCCACCUCGAGCGCAAGAUCAAGAAGCCGCAGAUCGACGGCAUCGACAUCCCCUCCUACGCAGAGAGUAUAAUGUUCCCUGAGGUUCCAAUUGCUCUAAGAUUAUCAGGGCAUCUUCUUCUAGGCCUAGUUCGCAUUUAUUCGUGGAAGGUAAACUACCUGUUUCAAGAUUGCAAUCGAAUGGUAACUACAAUCAGAACUGCAUUCUCUUCUGUGCAAGUCGAUCUUCCAUUUGAGUCAGACCAUGUCCGGUCUGAGGCCAUCACAUUGCCACCUACGUUUAAUCUUGACGACUUAAACCUGGACGAUGCAAUUUGUCAGAUAAAUACACCAGAUAAUCAUCGGAAGACUCCUGAUGAGAUUACUUUGGCCGAUGAAGGAGAAUAUGUGAUGAUAGACCUUGAUGAGGAUGUUAGAAUAGAGCCAUCAGCACCUGGUCUAUCAUCACUCAUGGCGCCUAAGCCUAUUGAGGACGAGACGUUCCCUCCGUUUGGUGAUGGUUUCGGUGAUGGGUUUGGAGAAAAUGACAAUCCCAAUGAUGAAAUUCCUCCCCCAGGCAAUUUGGCAGCGAACUCCAACACUGAAGGUCAGGCAGAUGGAGCACAAGAUUCACCGGAGAAAAUGCGUGAAGCUGCACAGGAGGGACCUGGCCUGAACUUAACAGAGUCAAUAAUUGGAAAUGAUGACCCCAUGGAGGUGAACAAUGAUUCUUCACCGUUUGUGCAAAACAAGGUUAUCACCCCUCCAAUUAUUGGCGAAAUUUCCUCCACUGGUCGACAAAUACCUGGGGGAUCCAUACCCAAUAUACGAACACCAUCCACAUAUGGUGAUUUUGAUCAUGACAACCAGUUACCUGAAUGGAGGAUGAACCCAUCUCCACCUCAAGCUAGAAAUAGAAGACCAAAAGCACAAGAUAACAAGAGAAAGAGAAAGAGAAGGGUGAAAUUUGAUGGUGCAAUAGUGCUCUCCAAUGACUAUAUGAAGAAUCAAAUUAAUGGCGCUGAACUAGAUGAGUUUAUCCGCAAGAGGAGAAGGCUACCCCAAACGGCCCUGAAUAUGUGGAGAUUCAGCAGGACUAACAGAAACGACAGCUUCUUCCUUGAACAUUUGCUGCAUGGGAUGUGCACUAACCUACAUGCAACUUAUGGGAGAAACUUCCCCCGCAUGAGUGAUCCUGAGUCUGCCGCUGGCGAACCCACGGCUGGUGAAGCAAAUGGUGGUAGUCAGGAUCCACCGCCUGAAAGACAGCUCACCCCAAAGUCUCAUGGAAAUGAGGACGCACUGCCUGAACGUCAGAUCACUUCAAGCCCAAAGCCUCCAGGAAAUUCGUAUGCACACCCUGAACCUCUGCCCACCCAAAAGUCACCAGGAGAAGCAGAUGCAGCACCAUAUGAAGAUAUGUUGCCCGAGUUCCCUCGAUUCUCCCCAGUAGAUAUGCCAUCUCCAGCAGAUGAUACUCCUUUCAAAACUCCCAGUAGAACUCCACAGUCUGGACUGGGAGGAACUGGUGUUACUGAAAUACCACCAUCUGACCGGAGUUAUUUAUUACGUGGACAAAAUACUCAUGACUCUGAUAUGGCAUCCCUGUUUCCGAUCAGUGAAGAUGGAGAUGAUCAGCCAGAGAUUCCUGGGCUCAUAAGUACUCCUGGAGUUAUAUCUAGUGCAGGUACUGGCGUCACAGGAUUAGGAAGCAUGUCUGCUAGAACAAGGGCUGUUGCACAGUUCUUCAAAGAUCAUAUGCCUUCGACCUCAUCAGAUGAGCAACCUGGAAAAUUCGGUUUGAACCGAAUCUUGGAAGGGAAAACAAGAAAGCAAGCUGCACGGAUGUUCUUCGAAACAACGGUUCUGAAGAGUUAUGACUAUAUUGAUGUCCAACAAGACGAACCAUAUGGUGAUAUUGAAAUCUCAGUUAAACCCUCACUCUCAGCAGCCAAACUUUGACGAAGUUAAUUCGAAUCAUGGAUGAAUGGAUCCCUCAUUCCCUCGUUUCAUCUGCGAGAAAUACUACAGUAGGAUUCUGCAGUGGUUCCCUCAACAAUGGAUGCCUUGAAGUGAUGUGCUGGAAACAUAAUACAGUUACUGCCAUCUGUUUUUGCGUAGCCACAUGGUCCCGUAUAGAAUUGAGAUUGUUUUCUCAGCCCAAGCUGUCAACAUCAAGCAAAGUGAUGAAGGGGGUCAAAUGGACUUCAGUUUUAACCUAUAAAUGAUAUGGUAGCUAUCUGUUAACCCCAUCCAAAAUGUUCAGUGGCUGGGGACUAAGUUAGCUUAGAGAAUCAGUGUGUAGAUAGUGCGAUAUCAUAUAUAUUUCUCUCUUAAUACAAUGUUUAUUGUGUUUA